CUGCCCCUCCAUAAACAAUGCGUCGUCAGAAGCUCCCUACUACUACUACUACUAAUAAUAUAAAGCUCCGCGGGAUCAAACCUACACUCUAAUUUGCUAAUAUUCUCAUGGAGAACAUUAUCUAGGAAAAUCGAGUAUUCUAUGGGAAUAUUAGAAAUAUAUAUAAAAAAUAGUAUUAACUAUCAACCGCCGCAAUGUCGAUAACGAUCGAGAAGAUCCUAGCUGCUUCUCCUGUAACAGCUCGAGGGCAGCCGACUCAGCUGUCGACCGAUGCUAAGGGGGAAAGGAUAGCUUACGCUUCCGGGAAAUCAAUAUUCGUUCGAUCCAUCGACGACCCUUCCGUCAGUAAACAAUACACCGGUCACACAGCGCAAACGACGGUUGCCAAGUUUUCGCCAAGUGGAUUCUACGUUGCCAGCGGUGACACUUCUGGCUCUGUUCGGGUCUGGGAUUCUAUAGAGGCUGAGAAUACUAAAGGCGAAUAUCACAUCAUCUCGGGUCGCAUCAAUGAUAUAGCAUGGGACGGCGAUUCGCAGCGCAUUAUCGCUGUCGGCGACGGGCGUGAGCGGUUCGGACACUGCAUCACAGCGGACAGCGGUAACAGCGUGGGCGAGGUAUCUGGACAUUCUAAGGUCAUCAACUCAGUCUCCAUAAGGCAGAUGAGGCCGCUAAGAGCUGCCACUGUGAGCGAUGAUAUGGCCAUGUGCUUCUUACAUGGUGCCCCGUUCAAAUUCGACUCAAAGGCUGCUGGCCUUCAUAAGGGUUUCGUAUUGGGCACCGCCUUCUCGCCGGACGGAAACACCCUUGUUACGGUGGGUGCAGAUAAGCGAAUUCAGCUUUACGAUGGAAAGACUGGAGAACCCACAAAGUCUAUCGGCGAAAACGAGCAUACGGGGAGCAUCUUCGCGGUUAGUUGGUCCAAAGAUUCAAAGAGCUUUGUCACAGCUAGUGCCGACCAAACCGUCAAAUUAUGGGAUGUGGAGGCAGGCACCGUCACACAGACGUGGAAAUUCGGAGACGGUGUCAGCGUCCCAGACCAACAGGUCGGUGUGGUAUGGCCUCAUGGCCGCAGCGAUGGUCUGAUUAUCAGUCUUAGCCUUGGUGGGGAUCUAAACUAUCUAGUAGAAGGUAACCCCAAACCGAUCAGAGUUGUUCAGGGACAUAAUAAGAGCAUCACAGCUCUAGGAGUUGGCUCGGAUGGCAAAGGCGAAACUCUAUGGACCGGAAGCUUCGAUGGUCGGGUCUGCAGCUGGGAUCUGGGCUCCGGAGCAGCUACCGUCGUUGACGGACAGACACACACAAACCAAGUGACUCAGUUCACAUCUACUACCGGACGGGCUUACAGUGUUGGAUGGGACGAUACUCUUCGCAUAGUUGACGAGUCUGCCAACACUUUCGCCGGCGAGUCGUUGAAACUAUCCGCACAGCCCAAGGGGGUUGCUUCCGCCGACGGACGGGUAUAUGUGGCAACCAUCAGCGGUGUCGAGAUCUACGUUAAGGACCAACUGGCAGGCAAGCUAGACAUAACCGAAGCCCAACCAACGGCCAUCGCCGCCCAAGGGUCACUGGUAGCAGUAGGCCUGAGCAACAACGUGGUGCGCCUGUACAAGGCGGAGUCGGGCGACAAGCUCACGCAGGUGCACGAGGUGAAGAACUCGACGGCGCAGAUCUCGGCCUUGGCGUUCUCCAAGGACGGCUCGCUGCUAGCCGCGGGCAACUCGGCGGGCAAGAUCUACGCGUACCGGACGUCGGGUCUCGAGCUAGCGACGGACAGGUGGUCGGCGCACACGGGGCGGGUGACGAGCAUCGCGUGGAACGAGGCGGGCACGCACGCGGCCAGCGGCGCGCUGGACACCCACGUGUUCGUCUGGAGCCUCGCGAAGCCCGGCUCGCGCGUCAAGGCGUCCAACGCGCACAAGGACGGGGUUAACGGCGUCGCGUGGGUCCGCGGCGGGACGAAGGUCGCGAGUACGGGAGGAGACGCGGCGAUUAAGAUUUGGGAUGUGGAGGGGCUGCAAUGAAGUGGAAGUGAGGGGAGAUGAGAGGUGGGAAGCGAAACAAAGCACGGAUGACUUUACGAAGUUAUUGAUCAUGACAAAUGGUAAAUGAUGACGAUUGAGGGGGGUUGAGUACGUUAGGUUAGGUCAGGUAGAGAUUUGAACUAAGCUCGGAAUUGUUCGGCUACCUAGGUACCUAGGCAGGUAGAUAGCUCUAUCAAAGACUAUAUACUUCCCGUAGAUGGAAUUCCCUUUGGAGCGUACUAAUAUGGCUUUCGAGUACGACGGGAAUCUAAUCGUUGAAGCGUAUUUGUCUUGUU